GCAGAGGGUUUGGUCAUUGUGUGUGUUAUUAUGCAGGAUGUGGUAAGCGCGAGAGAGGUGGUACCGCUCUCAGCUCGCGCGGGGACGGUUGUGUGACUGCGAGACGUGGCGCGCGCUGAGACGGACAGCGGACUCGAGCUCGAGUUAAAAGUUCGUUGGAAGGGCGGAUAAUCACGGGCCGAAAGCCGCUCCAUACAAGGCAAGGUCGGGUGGGGAGCAGUUUAGGGAGCAGCGCUAAUCCAAUCAUCUGUGCUCCUGUGAAAAGCCCCGGAACCGAGCGACGCAACGCGUUUUGUUUUCUGUGAUUUUUUUUUAUAACGUUUGAGAUGUUUCAAUAGAAACUCGCUUAUUUGUUUUGGUUAGUUUUUAGUUUUGUUUGUUUGUUUUUACUUCGGAGAUGAGUGCGUCAGUAAAUGGUGUUAACCCCAAACCGGGACAAACGGUCAGUCAGAAUGGACCCGGUCCGGUUUCGAAACCAGGAGAUGUUAAAACACCCGAGCCGGUGGUACCGGAGGAAGAGUCGCAGACUUCGGUGACGGACGCCACGCAGAUGGGAAUUAAGUUCGCCAAGACAUUCCUGCUUAUUUUCCCCAUUUACGUGCUGGGAUAUCUAGAGUUCAGCUUCAGCUGGAUCCUCAUCGUCAUCGCCGUGCUUUUUUGGCUUAAACGGAACCAUGGCAGCAGAUUCGCUCGGGUGAACCAGGCGCUGGCGUUCCUGGAGCAAGAGGACCGAGCGAUUCGUCAGACUUCUCAGACAUCGGAGCUGCCGCCGUGGGUUCAUUUUCCAGAUGUGGAGAGAGUGGAGUGGCUCAACAAGACUGUACAGCAGAUGUGGCCAUACAUUUGUCAGUUUGUAGAUAAACUCUUCAGAGAGACCAUUGAACCAGCUGUGCAGGGAGCCAAUGCACACCUCAGUACUUUCACCUUCUCUAAGAUAGACAUGGGGGACAAGCCCCUCAGGGUGGAUGGAGUGAAAGUUUAUACGGAAAAUGUAGAUAAGCGACAGAUUAUUAUGGACCUACAGAUAAGUUUUGUUGGAAACACAGAAAUUGAUGUGGACAUCAAACGAUAUUACUGCCGUGCAGGAAUCAAGAGCAUUCAGCUUAAUGGGGUGUUAAGGGUCAUCAUGGAGCCAUUGCUAGGAGACAUGCCUCUUGUUGGAGCACUGUCUCUAUUCUUCCUCAAGAAACCGUUGCUGGAUAUAAACUGGACUGGUCUUACUAACAUGCUGGACAUCCCAGGAAUAAAUGGCUUGUGUGACAGUAUCAUUCAGGAUAUCAUCUACAGUUAUCUGGUGUUGCCAAACAAAAUCACUAUUCCACUAGUAGAAGAUGCACUGAUUGCUAAACUCCGCUUUCCUAUGCCCCAGGGCAUUCUGCGGAUUCACUUCUUAGAGGCACAGGACCUGGUAGGAAAGGACAAGUUUCUGGGUGGUUUGAUAAAAGGGAAGUCUGACCCAUAUGGCGUUGUUCAGCUUGGUAACCAGCUCUUCCGAUCUAAAGUCAUCAAAGAGUGUGUAAACCCUAAAUGGAAUGAAGUAUAUGAGGCAUUUGUAUAUGAUCACCCAGGACAGAAUCUGUCGAUAGAGUUGUUUGAUGAGGACCCAGAUAAGGAUGAUUUUUUGGGAGGCAUUACAAUCAACGUCGAUGAACUGCAAAAGGAAAAGAAAGUAGAUGAGUGGUUUGUACUUGAUGAUAUUGCUACAGGCAAGCUUCACUUGAAAAUUGAAUGGCUUUCUCUGCUCUCUACACCUGAUAAACUCGAUGAGGUUUUAAGCAGCAUUAAAGCAGAUAAGGGGCAAGCAAAUGACGGACUGUCAUCAGCUUUAUUACUGGUGCACCUGGACUCAGCCAAAAACCUGCCAAGUGUUUUUGAAGGGCAUGUGGGCACUGGGUGUCUGCAAGAGCGCCGCUCUGCUGGGCUGGUGUUUUGUGAGAACACUGCUGCCCUCUACAGGACAAUGUUUUCUGGUAAGAAGGUCACGAGUGAUCCAAAUCCAAUGGUCCAGUUUACUGUGGGACACAAAUCCUACGAGAGCAAGACACGAUUUAAAACCCUCGAGCCGGUUUGGGAGGAGGCAUUCACAUUCCUGAUUCACAAUCCAAAGAGUCAAGAACUUGAAGUGGAGGUGAAGGAUGAGAAACACGAGUGCUCUCUGGGGAUGUUUUCUCUUCCUCUGUCUAAGCUGCUGCAGGAGGAUCAGAUGACGAUCAGCCAGAGAUUCCCCCUCAAGAACUCCGGGCCAAAUGCUACACUUAAAAUGAAGAUGGCCCUUAGGGUGCUCUGUUUGGAGAAGUUGGCUGUAUCGGAUCAGCCCUCCUCAGUCCAGAUCCGCCGUCCCAGCGCCAGUGUCAGCUCCAAUCCCUCCCCUCAGCAGAAACCCACUGUUUCAGAGCCUACCUCAACACCCAGAGUCCAGCUGAGCCCAGCACCCAUAACCCAGCCAACCCCAACAUCCUCCCCACAGCUGGAGCCAUUAACAGACAACACACCAUUGGAAGAGUUGCCUGCCCGUCUGGCUAAAUCAGGGCGGAGUUUAUCUAGCCUUGCCAUUUCUGGUUCUCAAAUGCACCUGAAUAAUAAAGAGCCAACACCCAGCAUAGCAUCCGAUAUCUCCAAUCCCAGCGCCACCCUGGAGCUCCAGAGAACUAUACAACAAUUACAGAAUGGUGCCUCGCCUGGUUUCGCUGCAUUGGGUGAGAUUCAGCUAACCAUUAGGCACAGUCCCCAGAGAAACAGACUAAUUGUUGUGGUACACAGCUGCAGAAAUCUGAUCUCUUCCACUGGAAGUGGUUCUGAUCCAUAUGUCCGUUUGUAUUUGCUGCCUGAUAAACGACGCUCUGGACGCAGAAAAACAAACACAAUAAAGAAAACCGUGAACCCGGUCUACGAUCAGACGUUUGAAUUCAGCGUAUCACUUGUGGAGUUACACAGAAGAACUCUUGAUGUGGCUGUAAAGAAUGGAGGAGGAAUCCUGUCAAAACACAGAGGCCUGCUUGGAAAGGUAUUGGUUGACUUGAACUCUGAGGAUUUAUCAAAAAACUCAACACAAUGGUAUGAGCUUACAGUGGAAGGACGGAGGCGACAGUCUCCUUAAUCAAAGGAAACAUCUUCCUUCACCCUACAUAUAUUAAAAUGACUACAAAAUCCCUUCACAAUUUCCAAACGUCAGUCAUAUAUUAGCCUUGUGUUUUAGAAUGUGGGCACAAUUUGUACUGGUUGCAUAUUCAGUUUUUAUCACUUUAAACAGAUUACUGUACACAAGGAGAAAAAAUGAUAGGGAUGUAAUGUGCACUGACUAAGCUAGAGAGAAUGAGAGCAUGACAGAAAGAAAGACUGAGUGAGAUUUUAGAAAUUUGUAUACUUAAGACAAUUAAAUAAAAUAGGGAUACAUUUAAGCAACAUCUGUAGAUUUAGCUGUUUACACAUUCAAAUUAGAACUUCUUAAAUGGCAAACUCUAAAAGCAUCCACUAUUCAAACAGUGAUGGUGGAGAUAUUAUAUAAUUUAUAUUGGAGCUCAGACUGUAAAUAAAUAUAAAUUAAAUAUUAGUAAGAAAAUAAAGUAUUUGGAAAAGAUUAAUAAAUCUUAACCUUUAAGAGUUCUUGUUAAAAACACUGAACUUGCGCUUGCUUUUGAAUGAAAAGUGUUAUAAUGUAAUUAAUAUCUACGUGUGCUCCUUUCAGGAGCCAAAUCUACCAAAGAAGUGCAUGGCUCAUUUUAAAGUGCGAAUGUGUGAUUUAACCAAAUAUGCACCUAAAAGUGUUGGUAUAUAUGUAUGUGUGUAUAUAUUAUCUGGUGUGGUGUAGCAGGGCUUGUGUCAGCAUCCACCAUCACAGAACUAACUGUCAGUGCUCGAACAUGCACUGGCAGCUACAGUGUCACGUGACCCUGGGUGUGUUGUAUGUCAUUCUCAGUGUGAUAUCAAAUGCUGCCAUAUCUCUGGAUCUUGAUUUUCUUUUCUAUAGCACUCGGUCACAUUACAGCUUUUCUAAAACCACACCUCACACACUACCACAGCAGCUGUCCUUCCAUGAUCAUUUGUGUCUCUUGAGUUUUAUAAAAAGCAUGUCUUGUGUGUGUGGUCUGAUCUUAAGUGAAGGUUGUGGUUUAGUCUCCUGCAUUUUCAAUGAGUUGAGCUUAUUGUAUGCAGGUGAUCUAACCUUGAACUGAUCUGACUUUCUGUCAGCAAGAAUGUUUUAUUAUAUAUAACUUAUUGUGUAUAUUAUGACAGAUUUUAUGAUGCUCAUUAUUAUGAUUUAUACUUAUCAUCACAAGUAACAAAAGUAUGCUGUCAGAGGACCCCUCUGCUGAGCUUGCCUUAUUCAUGUGUAUGGGUUUCCUGUGCCUUAUGACCAACAAUAUACUUAUGUGUGAGUAUAUUUGACAUCAGAUAGAGGAUUGUAAAGUCUCUGUAUCUGAUGUCCAAGUUUUUGUUUCAAUAAACAUUUUAUUCCAU